UGUUCUUGGUGAAAGAUGAGACUGGCAUGAACGGAGGGGAGAGAGAUCCUUGGACUGAGUUAGAAAGGCAGUCAUGCUGGACUGAAGCUUUUAAGCUGAGCAGGAGCAUGUGAGACGAAAGGGAGGCAAACAGAAACGCACAAGAAAACUACGACUGGAGAGAGAGAAGGAGACAAAGGAGUGGUAAAGCCAGAAAAAUAUAACAUCCCUGCUCGUUUUUAACAAGGAUUGGCUUGGAGAUUAUAAGGGAAAGAAGAUUGCAUGGAUAAUCUGCUCUCCUUCAUCACCAACCCAGUGAUCAGCAAAAUGGACAGGUUGACUGCUGUCAUUCUCUGUGGCAUUAAAUGUCCACUGCUAUGGCCAAGCGUGAAUCUGGGAGCGCCAGCCCUGUGGUGCGUCAGAUAGACAAGCAGUUCCUGGUUUGCAGCAUCUGUUUGGAUCACUACCACAACCCCAAGGUCCUGCCCUGUCUACACACUUUUUGCGAAAGCUGUCUCCAGAAUUACAUUCCUCCAGAGUCUCUGACACUCUCGUGUCCUGUGUGUCGACAAACAUCCAUCCUGCCUGAGAAAGGAGUGGGAGCUCUACAGAACAACUUCUUCAUCACUAAUCUCAUGGAGGUCCUGCAGCGUGAGCCGGAGUGUUCACGGCCCGAGGCCUGCAGUGUGUUGGAGUCGGUCAGUGCUGCAGUAGCAGGGAAGCCUCUUUGCUGCCCAAACCAUGAAGGAAAGGUGAUGGAGUUCUACUGCGAGUCUUGUGAGACAGCCAUGUGUUUGGACUGCACAGAGGGCGAGCACCGGGAUCAUAUGACUGUUCCUCUGCGGGACGUAGUGGAGCAGCACAAAGCUGUGCUAAAAACACAGCUUGAUGCCAUUCACAGCAGACUCCCUCAGCUGACAGCAGCUGUUGAGCUGGUGAGUGAGAUCUCGCGGCAGCUAAAUGAAAGAAAAACUGAGGCAGUAGCAGAGAUCAACAGUACGUUUGAAGAGCUGGAGCGGGUUCUGCAUCACCGCAAGACAGCCCUCAUCACAGACUUGGAGAACAUCUGCAGCUCCAAGCAAAAGGUCCUCCACGCCCAGCUUUCCUCUCUUCUCCAGGGGAAGGAACACAUCCAGAGCAGCUGCAGCUUCACAGAGCAGGCUCUCAGCCAUGGGAAUGCAACUGAGGUUCUACUGGUACAGAAGCAGAUGAGUGAGCGGGUCACAGCUCUGGCCAGACACGACUUUCCAGAGAAGCCACAUCAGAACGCACAUCUAGACUGUCAGGUAGAGACUGAAGGUUUGCGGCGCUCCAUCCAGAACCUGGGCGUUCUCCUUACAACAUCAGCCGUGGCACACACGUCUGUCGCCACAGGGGAGGGACUGAGACAUGCAGCUACUGGGCAGCACCAAACCAUUACUGUGACAACAAAAGACAAAGAUGGAGAGUUGGUGAGGACAGGAAAUGCUGUUUUAAAGGCUGAGAUAUUGUCGGCUGACGGUAACAGAGCUGCAGACGUAGAAAUAACGGACAACAAGAAUGGAACGUAUGAAGUGGGCUACACGUUGCGCUCCGAAGGAGAGUAUUCAUUCUGCCUACUGCUGUACGGUCAGCCCAUACGUGGCAGCCCAUUCCGUCUGCGGGUGGUCAAACCGUCAGACGUGCCCCAGUCUCCGGAUGAUGUGAAAAGGAGGGUGAAGUCCCCGAGUGGGACAGGGGGCCACAUCCGUCAGAAAGCGGUGCGACGGCCUUCCAGCAUGUACAGCACCACCAAAAAAAAGGAGAACCCCAUUGAGGACGAACUCAUCUACAGAGUUGGUUCCCGGGGAAGGGAAAAGGGCGAGUUCACAAAUCUGCAAGGAAUCUCAGCCUCCAGCAACGGUAGAGUGGUGGUGGCUGACAGCAACAACCAGUGCAUACAGGUAUUUUCCAACGAUGGGCAGUUUAAAAUGCGCUUUGGGGUCAGAGGUCGUUCUCCAGGACAGCUCCAGAGACCGACAGGAGUCACUGUAGACAUGAACGGAGACAUUGUGGUGGCUGAUUAUGACAACAGAUGGGUCAGCAUCUUCUCCUCAGAUGGCAAGUUCAAGAAUAAGAUUGGUGCAGGCCGUCUCAUGGGUCCCAAAGGAGUGGCCAUGGAUAAAAACGGACACAUCAUCACUGUGGAUAACAAAGCCUGCUGUGUCUUCAUCUUUCAGUCCAAUGGAAAGCUGGUGACUAAGUUUGGAGGCAGAGGGACGUCUGAUAGACAGUUUGCAGAAAAACUUGGCCCAAACUUUAAUAAAUCUGGCUCAGUUUUCAGUCCGCACUUUGUUGCAGUGAACAACAAGAAUGAAAUUAUAGUGACAGAUUUUCACAAUCACUCUGUUAAGGUGUACAGCGCAGAUGGGGAGUUUCUGUUUAAAUUUGGCUCUCAUGGAGAAGGCAAUGGCCAGUUCAACGCGCCCACUGGUGUGGCUGUAGAUGCUAAUGGAAACAUCAUUGUAGCCGACUGGGGUAACAGCAGAAUACAGGUUUUUGAUAGCACAGGGUCCUUCCUGUCCUACAUUAACACCUCAGCAGACCCGCUCUAUGGGCCCCAGGGCCUCGCUCUCACCUCAGAUGGACAUGUGGCAGUUGCCGACUCCGGGAAUCACUGCUUCAAAGUUUACAGAUAUCUGCAGUAGACAAAGGAAAGGCAUCAACCAAUCCUGCUUGAAUAAAUUAAUAUUUCACAUUACUAGCUGACAUUAAGUUGCAAUGUUCCAGCAGCCUGUUUGGGCAGAUUAAUUCCUUGUUCAUUUCUUUUCAGUGAAGGGUAAAGAAAUUGCAAAAAUAUUAAUAUUAGAAGAAGAGAAAUAAGUUUGAUUUCUGCCAGUAUAUCCACCUGAACUCAGUUUGUCAGACGUGGCAUUUUAUGAUGAACCUAAUUUCUGGAUUAGAUUCAUGACUUUUCCAGCAACCAGCAAGGCAAACAAGCAAGUACUAUUUCCAACCAUGUUUUCAGAGGAAGGUAGGCCUUUAACUCAGUACAGUUUGUAGUGAGGUUCUUUAAAAAUGUUAGAAGCAGUCAAAAUCUUACCUGCUGUAGUUCACUUUCAUGUGUUCUUUUUGUAUUUGUCCCAGAGGCUGAGGCUAACAUCCAGUCUAAAGGGUCCAAAAUCAAUGAGGACUGAAAACAACUCCAGUUUCAAAUGAGUUGAAGUUGAUGCUAAUGCUUAUUUAUGAAUGCUUAUUUAUGAAUCUUUAGAGAAUAGGGUAAAUAUUAUUGCAUUGGACAUUUAUUUUAAUAGAAGGUGUUGGGAGAUGUUGCAAUACCAUUAGAUUUCCUGUGUGAAAGGUCCAGGCUACAUAUAACAUGCUUUAUGUGCUAUAAGGAAACAUAUAAAGCAUGUCUGAUCAGAACACUUAGGAUGAGAGUAACGCAGAGUUCAAAGCAAAGAAAUUACUACUGUUUAAAAGUUUCCUCGCACCUUUUUUCCCCCACAACAACACAUAAACAACCGGCUAAAAAUAAAAUGAAAACAUUGCUUUUAGCCAUAGCUGCAAGCGCUAAGUCUCAGCUAACAUGCUAAUCCAACAAUAAGCUAAUGUUAGCAUUUUAUCAACAGCCAGCAUGUAAACUGACAACUUGGUAUAGCAAAGUGUUAGCUAAAGUUACCUUAAAUGGUGUUAAACCUUUUUAGUUGAUGCUAGUGUACUAACAUGCUAGAAUAUUACCCAACUUUAGCAUGCCCUUUACUUCUUGUGUCCUGACAACAGUAUCAAUAUUCUCUUUAUUCCUUCAUGUCAACCUCCAUGACCUUGUGGUAUUAUGAAUUACUAUGCUUCUUAUUUUGGAGGCUUGCAACACUACCUCAAUAUGGAAAUAUAAGGCAAAGGUUGUUCUAUCCAUAUCCUGUUUAACAAAUGUCAAAAUCAUAUUCAACGGGCAAAUGUACAAAAAACAUUCAAAUGACUUAUUAGAAACUCUGGUUUAGCAUAAAUAUUUUGGCCUUUGUCCAUUUGUACCACAGGAAAAUCACUGGGGAACCACCCCCAUUGUCCGUUUCCUGUGUAAAUGAUUUUCAUCCUUUCAUUUCAAUAAAAUCCAAGAAUGCAAACGCAAUAAUGAUCUAACUUUAUAAAGCAGUGUUUGUAUAAAUCUAUAUGUUUUAGUUUCAGCCUCUGUAAACAACAAAUCAACAAAAUGAAGAACAUGAGCGUUUUCUGUUGCAGGGAAAAUAUUUAUUGCUCGAAACUUUUUAAUAGAACAUCAUUUCAAAAUCUCAAGAGGUGCCAUUUUGUCAUUGAGCACCAAAAACCCUGCUGUUCCUGCCUUCCUUUUUUUUUAUCUGUAUACAAAACAGAACAUUUUGAAAUGUGUAGUUGUAGGUCAAUUCAUCAUUCUGAACUUUUUCAUCCUGACGAGACCCACCAGUCAUUAGUUGACUUUUAUGCAAGUUAUAGUUUAUUCAAUGAAGCAUAACCUCCCAACCAGCUCCACUUCCACAGGUAAUUUCUUUUUCUGGUCUUGCUGUUGUAAUAACCAAAAUAGAUUUCUAAAAAUUGACCCCAUGGCUUUUUGCACUUUUGUCUGUUAAUAUCAAUAAUUUACUGUAACUGUAAAUAUGCAUAUGUAGGUGUACAUAUGGCUUUAUUGUCCAUGUUAUAUUACUACAGUAUAUAUCCUACUUAUUCCAGCAUUUAAAUGGAACUGAGAUCAUGCCAAGCAGUAGCCACCCGAAUGACUGAAAUAUUAGAACAAAGUUGUAAACAUUUGCUGUAUUUCAUUUUUCCAGAUUAUUUAUUUUGGAUGUUCUUUUCAUUAUGAUUUGUUGUACAAAUUAUUUUUCUAACUGUUCCGCCAAACAUUAUGUUAUGUGUUAUAAGUUGUAGCAUCUGAAAUCUGAUUUCUCCUCCAACUUCCUCUAAGAGCUUACAUUGUUUAACAUUGAUGUUACCCUCUGCCAAAAUGCAUUGUUGUAAUUUGCUUUUGAACAUUGCACAAAGUGCAAAUAUUAUAAGAGUUCUAUCAUUUCACAAGAAUAAUAUAUGCCUGUAUGUACAGUUCAUUUAUCAUGAUCCAAAGUGUAUUGUACAUUACAGUCAUUUUAUUAUUGUUACUGAUAACCAGCACUUUAUCAUGGACAGUUUAGAGUAUUUGUUUUUAUGUGUGGCUCCAAAAGGAACCUAUUUUUAAUGUGUGUUUAUAAAAACUGUUUAACUGUCUUUAUUCUAUGUUUUUCAUUUGUUGGAAAACUGUGUACUGACAAAUUAUUUUUCUCCGUAAAUCACACACUGCUAUUGUUUUUCAUUUUCCAUGUCUUUAAUUGUCACUAAUUAGUUUGUGUGAAAUAACUAAAGCACAUUUAAAUAAAACGCUACAUCUACCAAAUAUAUGUACAGCUGUAUGCUAGAGGAGAUCAGACAGAAGGCAAUUACAAGAUGUAUCUAAUCCUGGAAAAUUGUUGCAAAAAUAAACCAGAACAGUGAAAAAUGC